AUGAUGAGAGUUUCUCUGCAUCCAUGUAUCUGCAAGGCUUCUCCUUCCUUCAGACCUGCAUCUUCCCAGGGUGCAAGAAACCAGCCAACAUCCACAACCACAAACCGAAAGAAACCUUUUUUUCAGGAGAUUCGGAGGCGACUUUCUUUCAGGAUCGAUGAAGCCUCAAAAGCGCUGGAGAUGGCAAAACAGGGACUUAUGGAAGCUUUGGUUGACUCAACCUUCAAGUUUUCUGACCAACCAAUGCUACCAUCAGAGAGCAAUUUUGCACCAGUCAGUGAGAUCAGUGAAGCCAUAGAGAUUCUGCAAGUUGAAGGAGAGAUACCUGAAGAUUUCCCGGAAGGCAUAUACAUCAGAAAUGGUUCCAAUCCACUCUUUGGAGCUCUCCAUUCGACUGUCUCAAUCUUCGGAAAGUCAAGUGAGAUAUGGGUUGAGGGUGAGGGCAUGCUCCAUGCCCUCUACUUCAGAAAGAACAGUUCAGCCACAUGGUUGAUGUCCUAUGCAAAUCGAUAUGUGCAGUCUGAAACGUUCAAGAUUGAGAAAGCCCAAAAGAAACCAAGUUUCCUCCCCGCCAUCAUGGGCGACUCCUCAGCCAUCAUCGCAGGCUACAUUCUCAACUAUAUGCGGUUUGGCAAAGUGAACAAGGACAUCAGCAACACCAAUGUAUUUGAGCAUGCCGGAAGGGUGUUUGCAGUCGCGGAGAACCACCUGCCUCAGGAGAUAUGCAUACAAAAUCUUGAAACAGAAGAUAGCUGGGACAUUAACGGGGAAUGGGAUCAGCCCUUCACAGCUCACCCAAAGGUAGCUCCUGGAUCAGGGGAGCUUGUCAUUUUUGGUUCAGAUACAAAGAGGCCUUUCCUAAUGGUUGGAGUUGUCUCAGCUGAUGGAACUCAACUAAAACAUAAAGUUGACCUCAAACUGGACAGGUGUACACUCUGCCAUGACAUAGGAGUUACUGUUAAGUACAAUAUAAUCAUGGAUCUACCACUUACCAUUGACAUCAAUAGACUUAUUAGAGGUGAUCAGUUGAUCAAGUUUGAGAAAGACAGUUAUGCAAGAAUAGGAGUUAUGCCCCGUUAUGGUAAUGCAGAGUCAGUUAUAUGGUUUGAUGUUGAACCAUUCUGCAUGUUCCAUUUCAUUAACUGCUUUGAAGAGGGGGAUGAGGUUGUUAUCAGGGGCCUUCGGGCGGCUGACUCCAUCAUACCAGGUCCUAAGAUCAGCCUAAAUAAAAAUGAUUUGCCCUCUGAUCCUUCUGGAGAUGAUGUAUCUGUGAAACAAGGAAUUAAUGAAGAAUUUUUCUCUCGGUUAUACCAGUGGAGGUUAAACAUGAAAACAAAGGCUCUUUCAGGGGAAUAUUUAACUGGAACUGAGUUUUCCAUGGAAUUCCCAGUGAUCAAUAACCACAAAAUGGGCUUGCAUCAUAGUUAUGCCUAUGCACAAGUGGUGGACUCUUUGACAAGCUGUUAUGGAGUUAAUGACAAAGUAAUCCUUAAAUAUGGAGGCCUUGCAAAACUUUAUCUUGAAGAAAGAGAUAAUGUAACUACAGAGACAUCCAAAGAUCUAAUAAAGGCAGAGUAUCACUGGCUUGGGAAAGAUGAAUUCUGCUCCGGAGCAGUAUUUGUUCCAAGAGUUGGAGGCACACAUGAAGAUGAUGGGUGGAUAAUUUCUUUUGUACAUAAUGAGGGGUCUAAUACAUCACAGGUGCACAUCAUUGAUGCCCAAAGAUUUGAGGGUGCUCCUGUUGCCAAAAUAAUAUUGCCACGAAGAGUACCCUAUGGGUUUCAUGGAACAUUCAUCACUAACAAACUCAACGAAGUGAUGUAACUCUAUGAAUACUAAACCAGCAAAAAAAUGGGCAGCAUAGAAUGUAAAGACUUGAUAGGGUCACAAUUUGUAAGCAGCAAACCUUUCAGGCUUAGGCUUGUUGGGUGAAUUGUUCCAAUAGUUACACCUGGGUGAGGACAUUUUAAUAGUUUAUAAGAUUAUGAACAGCAUUGUCCAUUAUCCCACAGAAUUGCUAGCCCCUAUGUGAAUAAGCCAUGAAGGUGUGCUCAGUUAAAAUGAACAUGCGACCUGUAGUUCUAGUUGUUCGAAUAGUAUCCAGUUUGGCCAUAAGGACGUAGAACCAUUAAGAAGAUUACUU